AUGUGUUUUAACUAUCCAAUGUUUGCAAUGCACCUACUGUUAUGUGCACUCCUACUGGCUCAUCCUCAAGCGUUUGCCCUUUGUUCCUUCUGUUCAAAAAAAAAGAAAAAGAGCGAAGCAAGUGAAGGAAAAACUCCAAAACCGACAACGAUUAGACAGAAAGAAUCUGCUGGUGAAUCAAAGAAGCAGACACAAUCAGGAGGCUUGGUUGAAGCGAAAACGCAGUUCUCCGAAGACCUUAAUGCAAAGCAAUGCUCUGAGCCUCCAAAACGAGAAACGGGACAGCCGAAACGAGAGCCUAAGGAUUUUCCAAAGAAGGAGGAGAAGGGGAACAAAAAGCAAGCAAGCAAGCCAAGCUACGAAAAAUCAACAAAUUCUAUUCCCCAGCCACAUAGGCUUCCUCGAGCUCCGAAAGGGCAACACGAAGAAGAGUUAGACCAGAUGGAGCAAAUCCUUGCCGAGGAGGCCAGCAACAUGAAAAUGUUGUGA